AUGGUCCUCCGAAAAUGUACCAUCUGUGACCGCAAGUUCAAAAAGACCGAGCAUUUUAAACGGCAUGAACGGUCCCAUACGAAGGAGCGCCCGUACGAAUGCAAUGUCUGCCACAAACGCUUUUCUCGCAGUGAUGUCCUAAGUCGACACGCGAAGGGACACAACCAAACCGCCGGUACAACAGCGGCGAACCGAAAAGAUUCAACAGUGGGACUGUCUCAAGAUCGACACGCUUCGGCGAUGACGGGCGCAUCACCGAUGCUCCCCGGUCUAGAACAUGGGACACCGCUGCUACCAGUCGUCGGCACAGAGACGCAUCAACUUCCUAGCCAUCCAACAACCCGCGACAUGACCCUCUCGGCAACGGGUAUUGCACCGUCAUCGUUGGACUUUUUGGCAGACAUCUCCGCCCAUCAUGGCCGCACCGAACCGGAUGUCGGCUCGAUGAUUAUCGACGAACAACAGCCUUUUUUCGGAUGGAACGAGAUGACCCCAGACCAAAACGGCGAGCGCAACAGCAUUGCUUUUGAGCCCGUUCCAAAUGAAAUGUUGCAGCUAUGGCUUGAACCUCGCACGGAUACAGGAUCCAAUCACGGCUCUCUAGAUAUCAUGCGAGAUGCUCAUUUUCCAAUCAUGGGUGACAAUGCAGUAGUCACACCAGACCAGCAGAAUCGGCAGUCAAUCGAUGGUGGCCGAUCGGGCGGUGAUAAUAUCCCCAUUGAACGCUUUAUCAAGGUCCAACGGUGUUGGCUAGCUCCCCCCAAUACCACAGGUCGGCUCAUGAACAGCCUAUGGCGGGACAUUGUCUACACUGACGUGGACAAUAUUUUCUCCUUAAAAUCAUUAGAUUCUCCGGUCGAAUCCAAUUUGCUUCAAGGGUCAAGAUGCGGAGUAGAUGAUGAGUGUCGUCGGCGAUUACAGGCGGCAUUUGGUCAAGCUACGUUCACCUAUCAACAAAUGCAGUCGCCAAAAAACAACGCUGUUUCUCCUUCCGCUACCAGUUCGACUUCCAACCCUUUCCCCAGCUUUCCUCCUGCGGAAGUCCUAGAUAUGGCGCUAGAUCUCUACUUCCGCACAUUUCAUCCCUUGGUACCAUUUGUACAUCUCCCGACUUUUGCUGCCAAAAAGACGCGUCUACCACUUCUCUAUGUGAUGUGCCUCAUUGGCAUGAUGUUGCUGGGGACUAAAGGAACAGCAAAUUUUGUCUCGAGAAACUUCACGCAUAUGUUAGAAAAAGUUACCUCAGACCUCGCCAAAUGUACGAUGGGGGUUGAGUCCCCAGCAAACACCAUGUCUAUUUUUGCAACAGCCUUUUUGUUUCUGAACUUGGCUGUUCUCACAGGGGAAAAGGGACAUCUAGAGCAAUGCCAAAUGCUCUAUGUCAAUCUUAUGUCAAUAACUCAACGGCAUGGACUCUUUGCAGCGACUGAAGGUCAAAUUCUUGAUAUGAGUCUUUUCGAAGCAGUGCCUGAUAUUGACAUGAGGUGGAAGGCAUGGAGCAAAGUCGAAUCCACCAAAAGGAUCAUCAUUGGACUGCUUCUUCUAGACUCAUGGUAUUCCUCUCUUCUUUCAACAAGCCCAAUCGUGGUCCCCGACUCGAUCCAGAUGAUCGUGCCCUGCAAUGAAGCUCUUUUCCGAGCCCACUCCUCGAUGCGCUGGACUCAGCUUAUCCGCAGCGGCAAACGCAUAUUGAUGCCAACGGUGCUGGCGCCGUCAGAAAACAUUAAUAUUCCCGCCCUCGAGGGGCCUAUGGACGAGUUUUGUAUCCAAGCUGUUCUUGCAAUGGUUCAGCUCCGCCAGUCGGAAGCCUAUCACCGCCUUCUUUCAAACCGCGCAAGCUAUCCCUUUGCACCUUGCCAUACCUACGCCAUGGAUGGACGUGCCAGGUGUCUUCCUGCUCUCCAAUCUCAGAUUGCAGGCAGCUAUGGUGAAACUAUGGACCGGCUCAAUCCCAAUGCUGUGGUCAUGUGGCAUCACAUGUGCAUGAUGCUCACCGCCGACAUCCAAAUCUUCGACUUUGCCGCUGGUCGAGCCGGGCCGGUCCCGGCUAGAAAGGCGCUAGAUGAUAUUGCCGAGUGGUCACAGACACCGGCCGCAAGACGAGCUUGUCUACAUGCAGCCCAUAUAUACAAGGCCAUGACAAAUCGCAAAGCCUCUGACGGCCCUACCUUCCACUCUGUCUUCUCCCUCUUCUCUGCAGCCCUAGUCCUUGGGUUGUAUACAUUUAUGGUUCCUAAUUCUGCAAGCAUAACGUCCAGCGUCGGAUCCAUCGAAUUAAUGGACGAUAUCGACUGGCAACAGGUGGGCACGGAGGGCUUCACGAGCUUUAUGGAGCCGCGCGGAAGCCAGUCAUUUUCACCAACAGAUGACCCAGCUGUGAACUUUAUCCGAAACGGGGCAUCCAUAUACCUACGCGGGGUACCUUUCCAAGGCGGGUAUCAAUCCGCGCGUCGGGUUCUUCUAGAUUAUGCCAAUCUGCUCAAAGAUUCGGGGAAGUGGAGUGUCAAGAAGUUCUCGUAUGUGUUGCAUAUCAUGAGUGACGUGCUUAUGGACGUGGAGUGA